GUACAUCGUCCAUUUUGACGUAUAAAAUUUGUUUAUAUAUUUAAUAAAUAAAAUUCAUGUAGGUAUUCCACAUGUCUUUGAUAAUAAGACGAGUAGAAAACAUAUCGAGAAAAAAGCGUAAGACUAAAUCCAAGUUACCCCUUAGGAAAGACGUUUUAGAAGAUGACGCUUCAAAAUUUGUGGUGAUCGAAGAUUUUUAUUUAGAAAAUUUCCCUCCGCUGAGACCGGUUUAUAGGAAAGAUAUUUUCGGUACUCCGAUCGUGUUCCGUGCCACGACGGGCGUAGAUUUCAUCGGAGAUGUCAAAAGUAACGUUCUGAUCCAUUGCAUAACGUUUAUGAGGGAAUACAAAGAUAAAUCAUACGAAGAACUCCGUUGGGAAGAUUAUAUUUGCGGAAGAAAAGAGGUACUUCAUUAUGAAGAGAAUAGUUAUUUGAAAAGUUUAUACGUUAAACAGGAUACUGAGAAUUAUGAAUUUUUCGAUCCGGUUCCAAAGAACGUUCCGGUAGAUUCGACGAAACAAAAUACUUCGUCGGUGACGCUAUCUCGAUCUUUAUAUUCUCUUGUAAAAUCUUCAAAGAGUUACGAUCAAUUAUUCGACACCAAUAAUAAGUAUUUGUUAUUGAUAACAUCGAAUUCUAAAGAACCGAUUAAAUGUACCACGGACGAUAAAGUGAAUAUGAAAGAAUCCAGACCCAGAUCUAUACUUACCAACGUACAUAAUUGCCAAAAUAAGAAUAGAUCGUCUACUAAGAGUUCCACGGAUGUUCACAUACAGAAUGUACAUCGUAAAAGUAAUUCCUCGAGGCAAGAACAUAUAGAAAUGAUGAGAAAUAAUUUGUUGAGGUAUUUCGAACGAGCCGAACCGGGCGCUCAUAUGCCUUACGAUUUAAUAAUGUAUAAUCCGAAAUUUUACCUACCAUGUGCCGAAAUCGGAUUCGUUUACAAAAACGCGAGACCGUCGAAAACAAUCGAAAAGAAACUUAUCGUCAAUAAUGAUACAAAAUCAUCUUACGUUAAAAGGAAUUCUUGUACAAUUGAAGAUUCAUUCGAUUGGAAAUAUACGUGUGACGGUUCGUUCAAUAAAAUAUAUUUUUGGAAAAAUUUCGAUCCCUACAAUCGUAUUAAAUCGGAAAGAACGACAAGAGCAAAAUAUAUUUUAGUUGGACUUGAUAUAACUAGAUAUUCUACAAUAAAAAAUUAAU